AUGGCUGCAUCGGUGCUGGAGAUGUUGAAAGCCUCCAACUUUGCGAGUGUGGAGGACGGAGACAAUGUGACGGAAGGCAAGUUCGGCAUUCCCCGCUACAACGGCGACCCCACCAGGUAUCAGGAGUACGUCUUCCGGGUCAGGGCUCGAAUACGCAAAGAGAAGAAGAUUGACGAAAAGGAAGUGGCAAAGCUGGGUCCCUUGGGACUUCGCUUGCUUGAAGGCCUGACUGGGACGGCGUUCCGCGCCGCACAGAUGCUGGACAUAGAGAAGCUGGAGAGUGCUGAGGGGCCUGAGAUCCUCCUCCAGGAGCUGGCCACCACCCUUCAGCCGAAGCGAGAACAGCAAGCGCGCGAGCUCUAUGAGGCUGGUGCAAUGGUGGGUGGAAUGAUGAGUCGUCAGCAUGGCGAGGGCAUGGCGCAGUUCGUGAUGCGUCGGAGAGCCUGGUAUCGGGCCCUGCUCGACUCAUCGAGCGACAUGAAACUCCCGGAAGUGGUCUUGGCCGAGCAACUCCUACAGAACGCCAGGAUCACUGAUGAUCAACGACUCAUGGUUCGCACUGCCCUCCAAGGGAAGCUAACUUUCGACUCGGUGGCCCAAGAGUUGGUGAACCAACAUCCUCGACUACAUGAACGUGAACGUUUUCCUUACAAAGGAAAGAAAGGUUUUGGAAAGCACCACGGACGACCGAAGGGAUACUUCCACGCCUCGCACGCCUACUGGACGGAGCAGAACGACCAGGACUACUUCUACGAUGACGAGUACGCAAUGGGCUACCUGGCCGAAGAGUAUGCGGAGGACGGCUACGUGGAGGAGAACUACAUGGCCGACUACGAAGAGCCGGACGAGUUGGACUUCCAAGCGGACGCCCUGGCUUACAUGGCAGAGCAAGGGCUGAGCCUGGAGGACUACGACUCUGCAGAGUAUGCGGCCGAGAUGAUCCAGAUUGAUGCCGAAGGGUACUUUGCUGGAAAAGGCGGAAAGGCGAAAGGGCUUCCUCGUCUACGAGACCAUCGCUUUGAGCUCUCUGGCCACCUCAGGCUGGAAGAGAAGAGACAACGCCUUCAGGAGCUGAAGAAUCGGACGACCUGCCGACGCUGUGGGGCGACUGGACACUGGAGCUCAGACAGUGUCUGUCCUAAGAACCGCGGCAAGAGCAAGAGCAAAGGAAAGUUCACCGGAUCUGCCCCUACGGCACCCUCAUCCUCUUCGACUUCUACCACCACGACAACCCCGAAGGGAUCUGGGCGAAAUAAGGGGAGCGGCAAGCGGACGUUCAACCAGAGCCUGCCGCAAUGCUCGCUUUACGACGUGAACCUGGCCGAGACAACCAACCUGUCGGUCAACUUCCUCUUCAGCAUCAUGGUCACGGUGGACAAGCUGCUUCUCAGGGAUGGCUACUUGGACCACCGCCUGUACCUCAUCGACAUCAUGCAGAACAGGGACAUGGACACGGGGAAGCAACAUCCCAGCCGUCUACGUCGCAAUGGAGCAUUGUCCAGGCUGAGCAGAGACCUCUGUGGCUGGAUGGAAGUCCGGUUGGAGGCGACGGUGAUGCCGAUGUCGAGAUGGAUCGACUUCUACGUGAACAUGAGCGUGAACAUGGGCGGCAAGCGCGAGAUGAGAGCUCACGAGUGCAGGAACCUCCAAUGCCCCAGACAUCACCUUCGACGUCUGCUGCACCACAACCAUCUGUUGCCCCGACGACUGCACGCCCUUCCUGUGCCCACACAGAGACGACUUCCGUCGGCUCGAACCAGGAGAGACCGCUACUACGACUACAGCAGCCGCGACACAGCCACGAUGUUCCCAUCACAAACAUUUCGUGGCGUGGAUCCAAUGGGAGCCGCUGGAAAAGCACUUGUCUGGAUUGCGGACACCAAGAAUCCGGAGAUCGCGAGACACCAGCUGGACAUAGGCGCGUCCUCUGCAACGGCGAGCACGAUGGUGGCACAGGCUGCUGCCUCGACUACGACCACGCCGCAACAUGAUCGCCGGAGACGUAUUGCCAUUGAAGGCGCCAAGGUCAUCCCCUGCGGUAAGUACAAGGGCAAGACGCGAGAGUGCGCUUAUCAGGAUGCCGGGUAUCGCCGCUGGGUGCUUGACAAGAUCACCCCAGAAUCCCCUCCUGACAUGAAUGCCCUACGUGCUUACUUUGAAGAGCGCUUGGACGCUGAUCCCGGCCUGUUUCCUCAAGCGUACAUGGUCCUUUCGCAGGAACCUACUGGAGGAGAAGGAGACCUCAUCGCCACUUUGGAUACAGGAUGCUCGCAGUCCUGUCACGGUGAGCUGUGGCUGCAACGAUAUGUGCAAGCCACCGGCCAAUGCUUGCCAGCACUCGAGACCGAUGUGGGCCCUUCCUUCCAUGGCAUUGGAGGGGCAGUGCAAACGGCCGGCAUGCGAACAAUUCCGUUGGUGCUGGAGAUGAUCAAUGGACAGUAUGCCCAAGGCACCUUGCGCUCAGCAGAACUCCGAGGAAGUCAUGCGCCACUGCUGCUCUCACUGGCAGCCCAACGACAUCUUGGUCUUGUCUUGGAUGUCUGUGCCGAGACAGCCCACAGUCAAACUCUUGGGUGCGAUCUUCAAUUGGUCAUGAAGGACGGGCUGUUUGGACUUCGCCUCCUACCUGCUCAUCUUGGACUUCUGGCCGAGAAUCCUGCACUGGGGGAGACGAGCGUAGAGAACAUCACUAAGAAUGAGACCGAGUUCCUCGCGACGGAUGUGAAGAUGGACGAAAGACCACGCGAUGAUGCAUUGCAUCAUCCUACCGACGAUGCACUGCAUCGACCACGCGAUGAUGCAUUGCAUCAUCCUACCGAUGAUGCACUGCAUCCUCCUACGAUGAGCUGCGAUGAGAGGGAGCCUGAUGAGGAUGAGUCAGCCGCUGUUGGGUACAUGGCGUAUGACCACAUGAAGGGACGGACCAUGACGCGAUCGCAGGGGAACUCCUGGAAGAAGCACGUGCAUGACACGCACAACUCUGACCAGUGCCUGUGGAGUCAGAUUUCCACUCAGAGGAGAAGACGGUCGCUGUUGCCACGCGGAUGUCGUACAUUCCUCUUGGAGAUCUUUGCGGGAGCGGCCUUGCUGAGUGAUAUCUGCGCGCGUGAAUAUGGUCACCCUAUCAGUGCUCCUGUGGACCUCAAUGUCGGCAUCGACUUGCUCACACCGGAAGGGCGAGCGCACGUGGACUCCGUGAUCGAGAGAGACGACCCCUAUGCCAUUAGCAUUGCGCCACUUUGCUCUCCUUGGUGCGCCUACUCAAAGCUCAACAUAUCCAAAGGGGGACGAACCUGCAAGCGCAUCCAAGAUGAACGCAAGCGAUGGCGACCAGUUCUCUCGUGGAUCGCGAAGAUGGUCAAGCAACGCCUAAGCCGUGGUCGCCAGAUUCUGGUUGAGAAUCCCUGGGGAAGUGCUAUGUGGGAUGAGUGGGACUUUCAGGACUUGAUCGUCAAUGACCACCACGAUGCUCUCACUGGAGAACUACUGGAAGCCACAAAAUGUGAUCAAUGCAUGCAAGGACUGCGUUCCACGACUUCUGGACUUCCCCACAUGAAGCCCACUUGCUUCCUCAGUGCCUCCACAACCUUGAAGCACACCCUGAAUGUACGCUGCGACGGUCAACAUGAACAUGAGCAACUCACCUCAGGGAAGGCUUGCAAGGAAGCGCAACAAUGGCCAAGAAAACUGUGCCACACUAUCCUUGAUGGAUGGUGCAAGGACUUGGACAACACGCUGUGUCGGUCUGCGUUCCCUGCAGAAGCGGCACGGGAAGAUGCCGACCAAGCCGAGUUUGUGAUUGACGAUGAUGAGGAUGGCAUGCACCGUACGUUGGACCACAUCUACGGCCCUGAAGAUGAGGCGGCGAUCACCGCUGGACCACUAGGACGAUGUGAAGCUGCUGAAGUUGCUGCGCGAGAAGGAGAAGCAAUUCAUGAGGAAACAGAAAGCUUGGAGUCCGAGUCCAUGCGGGAGAGAAGAAAGAAAUGGAGAGAGCUUCCCUACGCGAUGCGUGUCGCUUUGAGGAGGCUCCAUGGCAUGACUGGACACGCAUCUCCGGCAUCUAUGCAACGACUUCUUCGUACUGCUGGUGCGGAUGCCGCCGCGAUCCGCGCAAUGCAGUACUUUCAGUGUCCUGUUUGCGACAGUCUGAAAAGGCCUAUGCAAAGACCCGCCACCAAGGUGCCUGGACCUUACGUCUUCAACGUGGAGGUAAGCGUGGAUGUCUUUGUGAUCCGCGAUGUGGAGGGGAACAAAUUCUUGAUCCUUUCCAUUGUUGACCUCGGCACGCUCUUUCACGUUGGCGUCGUGGUUGGAACUGGAGCUGGAAGCCCAUCCUCUUCAAAUUGCGCAAAGGCUUUUGACACCGCCUGGAUGUCCUGGGCAGGCGCUCCUGACCGGGUUGUUCUGGACAGGGGGACGCACAACCGCGGGGUCUUCCAGGAGAUGCUGAGAUCCCGAGGAGUGGAACUUCGAUAUACCGGCCUGGAGGCCGGCCAUCAUCUAGGACGUGGAGAACGGCAAGGUGGGCUGAUGAAGUCGAUGAUGAAACACAUCAUUCAUGAACGGCAACUCCGAGGACGACAGUCUAUUGAGUUCGUGGUGUCAGAAACGGCUGAGGUCAAGAACUCCAGACUGCAUGUUGGAGGUUUUGCUCCGGCUCAAUGGGUGCUUGGGCGACUACCAAAGGACUUGGACAGCCUCACAGCCCUCGGAGCAGAACAUCGGCUUGGAACUCACCAGGAGAUCUUGGAUGGGACUUCGUCGUUUGCACACCGUAUGGAGAUCCGGAUGGCAGCGAAGCAAGCAUUUACGUUCCACGAUUCGGCUCAACGUCUUCGCGCAUCUAUGCUUCGAAAGGCCACGCCCACACGUGGACCCUUCGUGACUGGAGACCUCGUCUGCUUCCACCGCAAGCAAGGAGCAAGAGUUGGACAGCGCUGGUUUGGGCCUGCUCGUGUAGUCGGUCAAGAAGGGCGAUCCAAGCUAUGGGUGAUCCAUGGAGGAAUACCCAUGACCGUGGCCGUGGAAGCAUGUCGACACGCUAGUGGACCUGAGAUACUGGCGAAGCGGGAGUUGGAACUGCGCCCAAGCAGGAAGAGACGCCGUGAAGUUAUCGAAGAUGAUGACGAGACCUAUGAGUACCCUUUUGGCGAUGACUUGGCCGGUGUCCCAGGACGUCAUGAAGAUGGAGAAGGCCUUGGAGAAGAUGAACAAAUGCGCUAUUUUGACACCACGGACAUUGCCGACGGGGGACUCUCACCCAGUCCCUAUUCACCAUCACCUGCAGGAGAAGCUGCCGCAGGACCUAUUCCUUCUCCGCUAUCACCAGCUGACGAAGGACCUGGCGUUGCGGACCUGCCACCGAUCCCUGAGGACUUACUUGAGACCGAUGAGGGAGAGAGGACGCCUACGCCCACAGUUGGUUCGACCUUCGAGCCUGAACAAGAACAAAUUCCUGUGAGCAGACAAGGAACAAGUGAAGUGAUGUCCCCUACACCGCUUCCACCAGGACUUCACGGAAAUCUCAGAGCAGCUCUUCAUAGGUCGCCAGAUCUGCUCGAUGGACAUCGUGCUGCUGAACCACGUAAUGAGCCAUCGACAACUCGCAGAGAUCGCUCGAGAUCCCCACCUACUCGGUCAUCCUCUGCGGUGAUCCCGAACCAAAGCACGUUGGUUGAGCUUCCUCGAGCCCCUGGGCAAGAUCGGGCGUUUCUGGCGUUCCUUGCUCGCCGGAAGACCGCCAUGGCACGAAGCAAAGAAUACAGUUUGGACAAAAUGGAGGCCGAAGAGCGUGUGAAAAUGGAAGCUGCUCAAGAAAAGGAAUGGGGCAAUUGGCGAAACUUUGAGGCUGUCAAGGUGCUGGAUCCGACGAAGGCUGCAGAGUUUCUUCGAGAACAUCCUGGAACACAGAUUGUCCCGACCAGAUGGGUGCUGACAAACAAGGCUCAGCCCUGGGAAGAUGCCCGCUACAAGGCUCGCAUUGUGGUGCGGGGUGACCUGGAGCGGGGCGCUGCUGAGACUCGUACAGAUUCACCGACGGCAUCCUCGACAAUGGUCAACAUGUUGCUAGCUUAUGCGGCCAGCAACAAGCUUCCUUUGAGAGGAGGAGACAUCACCGCUUCCUUCUUGCAAGGCGAGAAGAUAUCACGGAAGCUCAUCCUGAAACCACCUCCUGGCGGCCUACCAGGAGUGGAAGAUGGCAGUCUGCUUUUGGCUGAGAAGCCAGUCUACGGAACGCGUGACGCCCCUCGAGGUUUCUGGAAACGCUUGCACUCCGUGAUCCUCUCGAAGGGCCUAAGGAAGAUCCCUGGCGAGAACUCCGCGUAUGUGCUCAAUGACUCGAACAAUAACAUCAUCGGGAUGCUCAUCUGCCACGUCGAUGACCUCCUAUGGGCCGGAGGAGAACGUAUGGAUGAGGUGAUGAACCAGAUACAGUUGGCCUUCGAGUUCGGGUCAUUGGAACUCGACAACAGCUUCGUCUACUGUGGACGCAACAUUGAGCAGAGCACUGAAGGCAUCAAGGUGACCUGCCCUAACACUGCAGCAAAGGUGAGGCCCAUUGUGCUAACCAGAGAAAGACGUCGUGAACGUGAUGCCGCAGCCACCGACAACGAGAAGGGGCAACUCAGGAGUGUCUUGGGGAGUCUAGGCUGGGUGACACGUGUGUGUCGUCCAGAUAUUGGCUACCAGGUCAACCAUCUCCAGAGCAUCCAAAAGAAUGCCGUCGUGAGCGACCUGAUUGCCUGCAACAACCUUCUGAACUACGUCAAGGAGACUCCUCAACAUGGCCUCUUCUACCGCUACAAUGCGGUUGACUUCAAUGAGGCCGCCAUCCUCUCCAUCACCGACGCUUCCUAUGGUGCAGACUAUGAUGUGGACGAGCACUAUGGUGUGCCUCUCGGGAAUCGUUCCCAGUCCGGAAGGAUCCUAGCUCUUGGAAACAAUGACUUCGCUUCGACCGGAACAGGCGACAUCUACAUGAUCGAAUGGCACAGCAAUGUGCUGAAGAGAGUGUGCCGCAGCACACUACAGGCUGAAACCCUUAGCCUCGUUCAGGGCUAUGAGGAAGCUGAACAUGUUCGGGUGCUGAUGCAUGGGCUCUUCCACGAGAAGACGGGCUCUACCAACGACUUCAUGAUCGGCGCGAUGGAUGGACGACGCUUGGAGAUGUUCACCGAUUGCAGAAGCUUAGAAAGCCACCUGAAGCAGCCGGGACUUUCCACGGUUGCCGACAAGCGCCUGGCUAUUGACCUCAGUGCCAUGCGCCAGCUGGUGUGGCGAGACUCCGGAGAGCUAGUUGGAGAUCCUGUUUACCAAGAUGCUCCUCCGCAAGCUUCCACAACCCGCGUGAGCUGGAUAGAGACCAAGACGAUGGUUGCCGACAGUCUGACCAAGCACAUGAAGUGUGAGCAGCUCUUGGCCUUGAUGCACGAAGGCAAGGUCACUUUCGACAUGAACAAAGAACAUUCGAAGAAGGCAUCAAUGAAGCAAGACAAGCAAGAUCGUCAAGCAUCAAUGAGUGGUCGCGGCUGGUAUCUGGCAGACGAGGGCCAGGUUCUGUCCGUGGCGCCGCCGGAGUCCUCCUUGGGCCUUCCCUCGCUGGCCCCGCGCGUGUUUCUCUACAAAGGCUUUGCAGCGGCCUCGGCGUACGUCGCGCGGGGGCCGUGCCUGAAGGUAGACAUCUCAGUCCGCCUCAUCCAGGGACAGACGGUACUCGACACGCUGAAUCACUUCCGGGAUUGUCUGCGACAGCACUACCAGCAGACAUACAAUCGGGAGCCCAGCAAGGACGAGAUGGAUACAUUCCUUCAGAAGCAGAUCGCCGGGCGCACCUGCAUGAGCCGGCACAACCAAAUCCACUACCGCAUCCAGAAGGUGUGCAUCGACAAGGACCCCUCCUCCACGUUCCCCUUCGAGGAUGGCGAGAUCACCUACCUGGAGUAUUUCCAGCGCCGCCACGGAAUUGUCCUACAGCGGAAGCAGCCGCUGCUGUACUGCCCCUUUCGCGCCAAGGCGGAGGUCUACCUCCCGGCGGAGGUGGCCUUUCUCACCGGCUUGGACGACGAGUGGAAGAGCAACAAGGAGUUUUCGCAGGGGCUCUGGAGGGGCCUUCGGCAUUCACCCCGGGAGCACUGGCAACUUCAGGGCAAGCUCAUGCGCGGCCUUUCCGAUCCCAGUGACGGCCAGGCACUACGUGAGUGGGGCGUGCAGGUCGCUUCCUCACCACUGAAAGUGCGCUUCGGGCAGCUGGAUUAUGAGCCGGUCUACUUCAGCCGCGAGGCCGAGGAGCAUUUUCUGCAGCUGACCGAGCCGCCCCGCGAGCUGCAGGUGAUGACGUCCUCGGAAGGUUUCAGCCGCCGGCCCUGGCCGGAGGAUCUCAUGGAGGCCUAUGCCCGAGUCUUUCCUUUCAUCACGGCGACCUUGUCAAUCGCGCGAUGCGUGAACGUCUCGUUGACUUGGGGCUCCGCGAAGUCCUUCUCUGAGAUUAGUAUCGUGGUCCCGUAG